AUGCCCGUUGAAAUGGACAGCUUCGCAAGAGUCAUUGGAGAUCAAUUUCCGUCUCCUAGUGAAUAUCUGAAAGAAUGGCCCUUGCGGCCAGACGUGGUCCAUUUGGACCAUGGCUCCUGCGGAGGCUGUCCUCGCAUGAUCAUGAACGCUCAACGCAAAAUUGGCGAUGAGAUUGAGAAGGGUCCGCAUGACUGGUUUGCCAAAAACUUUGCUUCUGGCAUAAGAAACGCCAAAGAAUCUUUGGCGGGCUUUUUGAAUGCGGACAUCAGGGGACUAGCCCUGACUCAAGGGACAACGCAGGGGUUGAAUGUCGCGGCCUUUAGUCAAACCUUCAGUCCGGGUGAUGAACUGUUGAUCACCGAUCAUGCAUACAGCUCGGCUUUGAUGGUCUUGCAGCAAAUCGCGGAGCGAGUGAAAUGUCGGGUUGUCAUAGCCCAAGUCCCAUUCCCAGUGCACAACAGUGACGAGGUGGUCGAGAGCAUUCUGUCUCAUGUCACGCCCAGAACUAAGUUCGCGAUCAUUGAUCACAUUCCCAGCAGAACAGGUGUGAUCUUUCCAAUCAAGCGUAUUGUUGCUGAGCUGGAUAGCCGGGGCAUUGUCACGUUGGUGGACGGUGCCCACGGUCCCGGACAAAUCGAAGUCGACCUCCUGGACAUCAAUGCGCCUUACUAUGUUGCCAGUCUGCAUAAGUGGAUGUGCGCACCGCGAGGCUUGGGUCUCCUCUAUGUUCGAGAAGACAAGAUUAGUAUUACCAAGCCAGUCAUUGUCGCGCGCACGUGUUACUUCCGAGAUAGCAGCGCGUACAUUCGGACACAGUUUGAGCACGACUUCGACUGGAUGGGUACUUUCGACCCCUCAACGUAUCUCUGUUUACCAACCAUUGUAGAGUUCCUGUCUACGAUAUGCCCAGGGCGGCAUGCUGGAUUGGUCCAGCGCAAUCAUCAGGUCGCUUUGGAGGCCCGACAGAUUAUUCAUCGCGAACUGGGCAUCCCACCGGCAUGCCCUGAUGACAUGCUUGGCUCGAUGGUCACAAUUCCUCUGCCGGACAGCGUCGGAUCUGAGAGUCCACAAGGGACCUUACCAUUGCAAAAACAUCUGAUGGAUCAUGCUCGAAUUGAGAUUCAGGUAUACAACUGGCCAAAAUAUCCGAAGCGAGUACUCAGAUUCUCGAUACAGGCACAUAACAGUCUUGACCAGAUAGAGUAUCUGGCACGUCAAUUGAAAGCAGCGUUGGAGGCGGAGAGGAAACAGUCUAAUGGGCGCUCACUAAAUGGUACAAGCAAAGUCUGA